GAUCCCAUUUAACUUUUUUCUGCUUUUAAUUCUUAGGCUUGAACUUUUUGGAAGAAGUGCCCAAUAAUGACCCUCUGGGAGGCCCCAAAUACUUAUGUAGGCUCUGUAACCAGAGUACAGUCCUCGCCGAAAUGGUCUGUCAUGUGAUCGGACGAAAACACAGGCAGAGAUAUGUGGAAGUGAAACGGCCAGACUUGGUGACCUGGGAUAAACAAACCCAAGCAGGGAAGAUCAUACGAACAAGAGCCGAAAUAAUAGAGAGACAGGAUGGACGAGGAACUCCAAGGCUAAUGGCGAAAAAGGGGAUUGAGGGCCAAUUGAACAUCUCAAGAGUUCCCCCAAAUCAGAAGCAAAACAGGGACCGAAGAAUCCCACAGACAGUCCAAGACGUGCCUCCUCUGCUACCGGAGCUCAAGGACUAUCACCGAAGAAAGCAACUGACAGGUUACCCGAAUCCAUCCAAAUUCCACCGAGAUGAACCUAACAUGAACAGAGACAGACGCAGUGAAAGGGACGACACACUCAGCCGUGACCGCAUCGAAGGGGAGCUGUUCAGGGAAGAUUACAACGAAAGCCGUAUGUACAGAGACGACUAUGUGGACUCAGAUUAUCGAAGUCAGUAUAAAGAAGAAUAUGUUGAAGAUCCACCAAAAAGUGUGGUGUUUGAGCCAGAUGAAGUGCCCAGGUACGAUUAUAGGGAGAAGGUGCCUCAUGGACAGGCUCAGCAUGGAGAGUAUUACCCAGGAGAGGCUUCUUCUUAUAAAAGACCCUACCCAGAAAGAGAUCCUCUAAAGGAGUUCUUCUCUGAGGAAGUUAGGCGUGGCCAAGUUCGUUCUGCUGCGUAUUCGCCCUCUGAGCCGACUGACCCUGACGAUACAAAACGACAGUGGCCCCUGAAGAGGGACUCAGAUAGACCAGGAUCGAGUGAACCGGAGGCCAAGAGAAGGAACUUUUCUACACCUGUGGAGAGCGAACGAUCACGUGAUCAUUUGUUUAAUAUAAUAAGAGAUUAUCAUCAUCAAAUGAGAGAGCCACAUGAAGCGGAGAUACUUGACAACCCUGAACCGAGCAGAGCAGGACCCCCUACCUCCCAGAGACGAGUGGAAGUCACAAGGACAAUGUCUGACAUCCCAGAGCCAUUCUGGCGAUUCCUGAAAGGUGCCAAUAAUGAUGAGGAACACGGUAAAAGAAAAAGAAAGAGUCGCUUCUCUGAUGCUACUCCUGAAGAAGUGGAAAUGACAAAUGAGAUGUUCAGCAGUAAAUAUGGACCACCCAAUCCAAAUUAUGCUGAUAACAGAAAAUCACUUGAUGUACCUUUGAAACCUGAAAUCGGUGGAACACAAUAUGCAGACUUCUACAGAGAAUUGCAGAGUCCACAUCAUAGUGAAAGCUACCGCAGAGGAGGCUCUGAGUCAGAGGGUGUCUUUGAUAUGCUGAAAAACAUUGAAAUUGAGAAUGCAGAAGAGGCUGACUUUCUGAAGAGUAAACUGUGCAACCUUUUGCAAGAAUUCAAGACCAAAAAAUCUGAGAAAGCUAUGCAAAAUAGCCAAAGUCGACCAGGCAUCUCCAGGAAUUAUAGCGACGUAAACAUGGACCCACAGCUGCCUCGACGACCCCUGUAUGAGAGAACCCUGAGAGAAGAUUCUGACCACAGACCACCAGAAGAUCUUGAUUACAGCGACGAUCACAGGAGAGGUUGGAGCCAGCGUGAGCAUCUGCCUGAGGAGCUGCACCAAGAUUAUCCCCAUCCUGUCCACGGAGAACCCAGACACUCAACCAGAGGCCGUUAUGAAGAUGUUUAUGGGACACCGCACAUUAAUCCUUUAGAUGAGCCGUCACGUUAUCCUGAUAGAUUUCAAGAGCCCAUGCGCCGUCGUGACUACCAACCUACUGCUGAGGAGUUUUUUGACUCCGACCCCUCUGCACCUCCCCUCCACAUGGAACAAGGAUCCAGGAUGCACAUGGGCCCCCGUUACUCUUCUAAAAUGGACAAAAUCACCUCCACCCUCUUGGAGCUUGUGGCAAGGAAAUAAUAAUAUUUUCCAUGAGUUCUAAUGGAAUAUUUUAGUUUGAAAUAGAUUAUAGAAUGCACCGUUUUCUAUUACUUUUUUCAAGAUUUUUCCUUCAGACAUUUGUUUAGUAUUUUAUGCAGUGUCUGUGAAUAUUAAAACAUUUGUCUUUUUCAGCUGGUGUUUUUUUUUUUUCAAUUCUUUCAAUUAUAUCAAAUUCCUUACCUGCUGCAAAAAAGUAAUAAUUCUAUGGUUUAACUGGGAUAUACAUUUGUUUGAACCAGACUGAUGUUUUGACCAUUUACUGCAGAAAUGUAUUAACAAUAUGUUCCAGUGUAAAAAAUAUUAAAUGUUUUUUUCAGUUCUUGUAUUAAA